AUGUCCUAUGAUCUGCAUGGCACUUGGGACAAUACUAAUAAAUACCUUGGACCUUAUAUCAAUGCUCACACCAAUUUGACUGAAAUUGAUUUGGCAAUGGAGCUCCUUUGGCGCAAUAAGAUUGACCCAGACCAUGUCGUUCUUGGUCUGGGCUUUUAUGGCCGGUCAUUCACUCUCGCUGAUCCCAGUUGCAACACCCCCGGAUGUAUUUUCUCAGCAGGGGGUAAUGCAGGGUCUUGCACGGACUCAGUCGGAACACUCUCGUACUCAGAGAUCAAGAAUGUGAUAGAUAAAGGCAACGCCAAAGUGUCUCUAGACAAGACGGCCGCCGUCAAAAUGGUCACUUGGGGCGAGAACCAGUGGGUCAGCUAUGAUGAUGAGGAAACUCUGAAGCUGAAGCUGGACUAUGCCAAUAAAAACUGUCUUGGUGGUACCAUGGUAUGGGCCGUUUCGACAGAUGAUUCCGAAGGCACAGCUUCGGCGGCACUAUCGAAGUUGACAGGUCGUAGCACAAUCGCAUUGUCGGCCAAAUCACUUGCUUCUACCACUGACCAAGUUCAAUCUUGCCAGUUGGGUGAAUGCGGCGAAUCUUGUCCGAACGGCCUUAGCCCUGCUCAGCGAAGUGAUGGCAAGAAUAGAGGCAACACUGGUACAAACACUGGAUGCUCGAAGGGCAAAUCGCGUCUUUACUGCUGCCCAAGUGACAAUAUGCCCACUUGCCAGUGGCGUGGCGGGGCUCCAUUUUGCAAUGGCAAAUGCCACAAGGGAGAGGUUGAAGUGUCAAGCAGCAUCAGUGGAACUGGAAAAAGUUGUUGGACUGGGCACAAAGUACUUUGCUGUACGCAGACCGCGGCCAACGAAGCAGUUUCUGAAUGUGGUUGGUCAGGCAGUGCGCCCUUCUGUGCUGGGAUUCACAGCAACGCAGGCUGCCCUUCAGGGAGAGAGCGAUUAACUUAUUCCAAUUAUGGUGCUGGUGGAGAAGAGCCUUGUAUUGUCGGCUACAAGUCGUUCUGCUGUGAUCAGCCUCCUCCAUACGAGAAUUGCGACUGGUACUACCACGGUGGGAAAUUCUGGGGCUCUGUUCCCUUCCAGUGCUCUGGAACGUGCCCUGCUGGGAAAGCUUCCAUCGCGACCGAUCCUUCUGGGUGCCUGUCAGGGUAUGGAUCAUUCUGUUGCGAUUCACCAGCUACGAGUAAUGAUCCCCUCGUUACGGCAUUUAAGACCCAGCUAGAGAAGUACUCCAAAGAUCCUGUUUGCGACAAAGGUCAACGCCAGUAUUCAAAGCGGGAAACCAUCGAAAUGGGGUUGCAAAAGCGUCAUAGUUUGAACAAGGCAGACUGGACCAGUCUACUAAUCCAUUUGACCGCCAUCGCGAAGGGCAACAGCCCAACCUAUCAGAUGACGUUGAUGGAGGAUGCGUAUAAUUCUAGUGAUCCUUUAGUGACCCUGGACGAGAUUGAUCAGUUUCAGGCCGAAUGGCCUAAUGCGGAGCCAAUUGCACGGACGGAAAGUCUUCUGUGCUUGGGAACCCAUGGAAGUGCUGAAGUUGCGGACUCUCAGGAUGCUGGGUCCCAACUUUGCGUCUUGGCUUGCCCUGCUGCAGGCCUUGAUAAACGUUCCAAUGCAUCAGUUGUGCUGUCGGCAGCGAAGAAUGUAUUUGCCAGAAACAUUGCUGAAACAGAGGAGCUUUAUGAUUCUUCAUCACAAUUCGGACAACCAAGCUGGGGUAUGAAUCCUUACAACUCACUUGAAGUACGUGCUGACCAGAAUAGGCUACAUGAUGCAGGGAAUUAUUGA